GGCUGCUCCGCCUGGCUGCCAGCCUGCCGGACCCCUCUCCGAAGACCUUUCCCGUCCGCCAUGGGGGUUCUGUGAGCCCCCAGAGUCUGCUUGAGGCCUGGCUCCCGGCACGGCCCUCCCCAGACCAUGUGGCGGUCACUCCUGCAAAGCCCGCCGCUCCUUCCCCCCUGUCUGCACGUGACUGAGGUGGCUGCCGGCUGGGAGGCGCGCCUGGCCCUGUGGAUCCUCAGCUUUGCCUCGGCCGUGGGGCAGAUGGAGAGCCAGGCCUACUCGCCCACGGUGAACACCCACUACGGGAAGCUCCGGGGGGUGCGCGUGCCCCUGCCCAGCGAGAUCCUGGGCCCCGUGGACCAGUACCUGGGGGUCCCCUACGCAGCGCCCCCUGUUGGGGAGAAGCGGUUCAUGCCCCCCGAGCCACCCUCCUCCUGGUCGGGGAUCCGGAACGCCACCCACUUCUCCCCAGUGUGCCCGCAGAACAUCCACACGGCCGUGCCCGAGAUCAUGCUGCCCAUCUGGUUCACGUCCAACCUGGACGUGGUGGCCACCUACAUCCAGGACCCGAACGAGGACUGCCUGUACCUCAACAUCUACAUCCCCACCGAGGAUGUAAAACGGAUUUCCAAGGAAUGCGCCAGAAAACCCAACAAGAAAAUUUGUAGGAAAGGAGGCUCCAGCGCUAAGAAACAGGGCGAGGACUUAGCAGAUAAUGACGGGGAUGAAGAUGAAGACAUCCGGGACAGCGGGGCCAAGCCGGUGAUGGUGUACAUCCACGGGGGCUCGUACAUGGAGGGCACGGGCAACAUGAUCGACGGCAGCGUGCUGGCCAGCUACGGCAACGUCAUCGUCAUCACCCUCAACUACCGCGUGGGAGUGCUGGGCUUCCUGAGCACCGGGGACCAGGCCGCCAAGGGCAACUACGGGCUGCUGGACCAGAUCCAGGCGCUGCGCUGGAUCAGCGAGAACAUCGCCUUCUUCGGGGGCGACCCCCUGAGAAUCACCGUCUUCGGGUCUGGGAUUGGCGCCUCCUGUGUGAGCCUACUCACGCUGUCACACCACUCGGAAGGCCUCUUCCAGCGGGCCGUCAUCCAGAGCGGCUCCGCGCUGUCCAGCUGGGCCGUCAACUACCAGCCGGUGAAGUACACCAGCCUGCUGGCCGACAAGGUGGGCUGCAACGUGCUGGACACGGUGGACAUGGUGGACUGCCUGAGGCAGAAGAGCGCCAAGGAGCUGGUGGAGCAGGACAUCCAGCCGGCGCGCUACCACGUGGCCUUCGGACCCGUCAUCGACGGAGACGUCAUCCCGGACGACCCGGAGAUCCUGAUGGAGCAGGGCGAGUUCCUCAACUACGACAUCAUGCUGGGCGUCAACCAGGGCGAGGGGCUCAAGUUCGUGGAGGGGGUGGUGGACCCCGAGGACGGCGUCUCGGGCAGCGACUUCGACUACUCCGUCUCCAACUUCGUGGACAACCUGUACGGCUACCCUGAGGGCAAGGACACGCUGCGCGAGACCAUCAAGUUCAUGUACACGGACUGGGCCGACCGGGACAACCCCGAGACGCGCCGCAAGACGCUGGUGGCCCUCUUCACGGACCACCAGUGGGUGGAGCCCUCGGUGGUGACGGCCGACCUGCACGCCCGCUACGGCUCCCCCACCUACUUCUACGCCUUCUACCACCACUGCCAGAGCCUCAUGAAGCCGCCCUGGUCCGACGCGGCCCACGGGGACGAGGUGCCUUACGUCUUCGGGGUGCCCAUGAUCGGCCCCACCGACCUCUUCCCCUGCAACUUCUCCAAGAACGACGUCAUGCUGAGCGCCGUGGUCAUGACCUACUGGACUAACUUUGCCAAGACCGGGGACCCCAAUAAGCCGGUGCCGCAGGACACGAAGUUCAUCCACACCAAGGCCAACCGCUUUGAGGAGGUGGCAUGGUCCAAGUACAACCCUCGGGACCAGCUCUACCUGCACAUUGGGCUCAAGCCCAGGGUGCGCGACCACUACCGCGCCACCAAGGUGGCCUUCUGGAAGCACCUGGUGCCGCACCUGUACAACCUGCACGACAUGUUCCACUACACGUCCACCACCACCAAGGCCCCGCCCCCCGACGCCACCCAGAACUCGCACAUCACGCGCCGGCCCGGCGGCAAGGCCUGGAGCACCAAGCGGCCGGCCAUCUCCACCGCCUACACCAGCGAGGGCUCCCCGGAGAAGUGGAGCCCGGAGCAGGACGGCGCCGGCACGCUGCUGGUGGAGAACCCGCGCGACUACUCCACGGAGCUCAGCGUCACCAUCGCCGUGGGCGCCUCGCUGCUCUUCCUCAACGUGCUGGCCUUCGCCGCCCUCUACUACCGCAAGGACAAGCGCCGGCAGGACACGCACCGCCAGCCCAGCCCGCAGCGGGCGGCCGCGCCCAACGACAUCAGCCACGCGCCCGAGGAGGAGAUGCCCUCCCUGCAGGCCGGCCAGAGCCGCCACGGGGACUGCGAGGCCGUGCCGGCCCACGACGCCCUGCGCCUCACCGCCCUGCCCGACUACACGCUCACGCUGCGCCGCUCGCCCGACGACAUCCCCCUCAUGACGCCCAACACCAUCACCAUGAUCCCCAACUCGCUGGUGGGGCUGCAGACCCUACACCCCUACAACACCUUCGCGGCUAACUUCAGCAGCACGGGGCUGCCCCACUCGCACUCCACCACCCGGGUAUAG